AUGCCGCCCAAGAAACUGCCGCCCCAUCUCCCGCUCGCCGCCUUCUCAUCCACCCCGGCAUCCGAACAGCAGGCCAGCCAACUACUCACUCGAAGGGUCCCACUGCUCGCCAUCGAUGCCCACGUCUUCCUACCCGAAUCUGAAGCAGCCGGCGGCCGGUCAAGCGCCAAGUUAUGGCAGGACUCUAUCCUGCCAUUCUGCCCCAAACAGCAAUCAACCGCCGAGCAGCAACAAGCACUGUCAACCACCACCCAGUUCAAAGGCUUCAUCCAUAUCCACCAGCAACCGCCUUGGCUACUCGAACCUACCCCUGAUGAUCCAAAUCAAGCUGCCCAACUGGUCUCAAGCAGAUGGGAUACUGAAUCUCAAAACAUAUUCCGGAUCGAUAAACAACUCGUCGAAAUCCAAAUUGCCCCUCCGAUGGGUCAGGUGGUCUGGGCACCCUUACACCAGGGCCCAUCCGUUCUAGGAUCCUAUCUCGAUCAGCUAUCGAACCUUUCCAUCCGGAUCUGCGGAUGCUGUCAUCUCAUCGAGCGAAAGUCAACAACACGCAACGCCAGUCUGGUCGACCCCCAAUUCGUCGAGAGUCUUAAACUGCUAGGUGAAAGAGGCUUGACGGUCGAGUUGAUGGUCGAUGGUAAUCACGAGCGCUCUGCUAGGGCGAUCCUCGACGAGGUCUUGGAAUGCGUAUCAGCUGUCAGACAGGGUCAAGAUUCAAAGUCGGAAACCAAAUUUGUUUUAUGCCAGAUGGGCAUGCCAGAGAUGAUCUCCACCCAAUCGCUCGUACCAAGCUCUGCUUCCUAUUCCUCAAUACUCUCACGAUUGUUCUCUCUAUCGCUCUUUUCGGACUUUCAUAUCAAACUAUCGGGUUUGCCACUGAUUCUCGAAGAAGAUCUCAACAAACGAGCCUGCGACCGAUUCCUGAAAUUCCACAAGCGCAACCCGCGUCCUGACCUCGAACCUUCUACCCCUGUCGCCGUGCAUGAAGACGAGGAGAACGGGAAGCGAGAGGAUGAGAGAGAUGCCGUAGCUCAGGGUGAAGCCGCCUGGAGAGAGGUCAAAAAACGGAUCAAGUUUUAUCUAGAACCGAUUCUUGAAGCCUUUGGUGAUCAUCGCCUCAUCUAUGCCAGCGGCUUUCCAUACUAUGAUGUACCUCAGGUAUCUUCUCCAGCGACCAAGUCGAUUGGACGCUAUGAAUAUCAAUUCGAGAUCUUCAGGGAGUGUUUAACCGAGUUCGGAUUAGAAAAUGGCGCCUUGGACAAUGUAUUUGGACUCAAUGCCCAACGGUGCUAUAAAGUUUGA